GUAACUACAUGCAGGCAUCGGUACUCCAUUGCUACUAGAUACGGAAGCCAUUGAGCGUAAGUUGCUAUUCCGUCUAGAACCUGAAACCAUUUGAAACAGUGCGCUACUUUCACGAUGUCCAAGGCUACAGAAGAAAGGAAGGUUUCUAAAAGUAUAUUGAAAAAGUCUAGUGAUCAGGUACCUCAGAAGAGCUUCCAGUGGGAUGAAUCAAAUAUUCUAGCUACUUAUCAUCCCGCAGAUAAGACGUAUGGUCAUAUGAAAAUUGAAGAACCGAAAACACCUUACGUUUUUGAUCCUGAGGAUGGUUCUGCCGUCACUUCUGGACCCUUAUUUACUGCAGAAGAUUUAGCUGCCAGGCUUUCUGCGGCUUCAAAGGACCCCGAUCAGCAGUUACCAAGUGCCACAAAAGUUGACCAGGAGGAAGAUGAACAUCAGAGAAAAUUUCGUGAAAAACGGAAGCAACAUUACAACGAAUUUUUGGCUGUAAAGCUAGCUAAAGAAAGUUUACAAAAUGAUGAUGAAGAAGGGGAAAAUAUUGAAAAGGAAGAUGAAGUUGAACAUAAUGUUGAGCAGGCGAUGAUUAAUGCACGGUUAAAUGCUGAAAUUUCCCGUUUAAGUCGAAACACAGAGCAGCCUAUCUCUAGUAUUUUGAGAAAUCAGAAUCUUCCAAGAUCUCACCUAUGAGAGAUUCAAGAUAUUAAAGAUUUUCGAAUUUCUCUCUAUUUAUAUGUACAAAUAUUCGUUUACUUCUAUCCAGUUCUCUCAGAUUUGGCCAUUUUAUGUUAUGAUCACAAUCCAUGAUACAAUUUAACUUUCUUUUAUUCUACAGCAUUCAUACGCUGUCUUAGAACUUAUAUAUUCUAAGCUACCGCCACGCAAUUUGACUGAUAAAUUCGAAAAUGUCCAUAAUUCCUUUAUUGCAGAGUCACAGACCAUUCCCACAUUGUAAAAUAAACCAAUAUAAUACGAAUUCUACUAAUCUCACAGGACUUUUUCAUAGUAUGAAUGUUUUGUUUGGUAAUGUUUGGAAUUUAUACUUCAGAAAAGAAUGGACAAUCGUUCGACUUCUCUAAGGCAGAAUGGUUUCCAGUUUACCUGAACAACUUAGCCUUGCAUUACUGUAGAAUAUAUGUCUGUAUUCAAAUCUAUAAAUGUUUUGUGGAUAUAUAUACCCACUUAACCUUUAACUAAUGCAAUAUUGUAUAUUAGGUGAUAAAUUUCUUUAUCCACAAAUAUAUUGGUCCAGUUUUGCUCUUUUGGAGUUUUCGUUGUAUGAUGCAUAUUUAGUCGAUGGAUCGUCAUAUAACAGUCGUUUCUCCAGAGGACGAUGAAAAAAUUCACUAAUGUUUCUACUUGAAUUUUAAGAUAUUAAUUUCAGGAUAUAUUUUGAGGUUUGUGCAAAUUCCGAUAAAUAAAUACACGAAGUAAUAUAUUUUAUUAGUUGAAACAUUUAAAGCAACAUAAUGCAACUGCAAUGUUUGCAUUGCUGUAAGGUGCGCGGUAUAUAGGUAUCUCUGAUGAAAAUCACAAAUGAAUACCCCAUCUAAAUGCUGUCAGUUAGUUAAUUUAUAGAAUCUUACAUCAUUUCCUUCCUCGGACUUUCUAUGAAUAUGUUUUAUCGGAAGUUCACAAUAUGUUGUGUUAAAUCAAAAGUAUUACCAUAUCCGACAAAUGUUUAACUAAUUUUCUUAUAAUAGUUUGACUGUAUUAAAACACUACACAAUAAUGAGAAUAAUACACUGAACAAACAAAGAGGGAUAAAAACUGGCAGUAAUAUUGAUUUUCAAAAAUAAGUGAUAAACAAAUGACAUUUUGUGUAUUACCAGUGUUAAUCAUUUAGAUAUCUAUCAGAUUUCAUGUAAACCUAGAACACUAAUUCAAAUGAUAGGUAUCAAUAUUUCAAGGAAAUAGUCGUUUAAAGAUUAUUAUUAGUAGAAACGAGGAUACCCAUCCCCAAAAUUAGUGUUUUAGGUUGACAAGGAGUGUGAUAUAUAUGUCCUCAUAAUCAAUUUUGCCAAUGCAGUAUCAUUUGUGUAUUUUAUUAUAUUUUCUAAGAAUUAUCAGUCGUACAGUUUUAUAUUCUAAAUAGUCUGCAAGGAGAUUGAAUAUAUAAAAACACAUUGUGUUAUUGGUACACUGUGUAUCACUGAUAAAUAUCACUAUUGGCAUUUAUGAUUAAACAUUAGUCAAAUUUUAAAAUUGUCUUCAUUGGUCUCAACAAUAAAUUGUAUGUCAGUCAUGUAAUAUACAAUUAAUGACUUAUGUUUUCACUGGGAAAAAACUUUUACAUUAUCAUCGAUUGUAACUAUAAUUUUCAGAUAACCAGAAUGUUUUUGUUUCUUUGAUAGUUCCAGUGAAAUAUGACACAUUGAAGAUGAAGAAAACCAACUAUAUGCAUGUAACUAUGUAGCAUAAUCUUCAGGACGUUAGUAGGUAAUAUGAUCUUUAAAACCAUCCAGUUUAAGAGAAAAUUUAUACCAAGUCUGUAAUAUGAGAUAGUAAACGGAGAACUAUAUGAAUUGUAUUUUCGGAAUAAUUACAUUUAUUCCUUUAACAAAUGAAUAUUAUUACUGUUAACCUAUUUAACUACCUGCAUGUUUAACUAUUAGACUUAAAGACAUACUUCAGUUGUGUGGGGACUAGUAAUACUGUUCAGUUCCAUCCAUCAAUAUUGAUGAGUUUUUGCUUGAACCUGAGAACUAAUGAUCAAAAGCUGGAUGUUUUAAACAUUAAAUCCCCUUUCCACCACUAUAAGUUCUGCACUAUUCAGCUAUUAAUUAGCCUUUUAUUCAUUCCCUUACAAAAAUUUUGUAAAAUUCUCCUUUGAAUAAGAAAAAGAAAAGAGAGAGAGAUCAUUUCUCAUGAAUUCUGCGACAAAAUUCUAAUUGCUCUAUAUAAUACUAAAUUUUUGAUAUAAUUGUCGGCAUAAAUUGACAAACUGAUGAACGUUUCGGAACUAGAAAAUGCUUCACAACUAUUUUGUUGUAGCUCAGUGUCUCUAAGCAUUCUAUACCCAAGAUGCUAUAUGUAGAUGACUUCGGGAAUUCUAUAGAAUUGGCAAACAUGAUAUCUACUAACUAUUGAGUUGAGGCCUGGUUUUACACUUAUCAAAGCAAAAUCACCUACUACUAAUUACUUGGUUUCGAGAAACAUGUUUCAUUGGCAUGACAAAGUGUGCUUUUUCCCAUCACAUGUACGAACAAUAUCCACCAUGAUUAUCUAGAAGUGAAUGAAAAUCUAUCAAUCUUAGAAAUUAAGAUUUAAAAAAUGCCCCUAACGUUUAGUAAUGAUAAUAACUUGAAUAUCAUGUCAACUAGGUGCCUUGAUUAUUGCUCAUUUGUUAACAAUUUAUUUUUACUGUCUGUUUGUUAUCUCUUAUCACUUUAUCCCCUUCUCUUCUUACGAUUUCAUCUAAAGCAUAUAAAAACUGUUAUGUCAAAUGUGUCGUUUCUCUUGUUAUUUCGAACUAAACUUUCUUGAUUACGGUAAUAUAAAACUUGGCGUAAUAAUUUUACUGAUGUAAAUUUAGACUGUUUACAGUUGAUGAGACGCCUUG